AUGACAGCCGCACCCAAGAAGUCCCUGGCGCUCUCACCACCGCCAACACCCCAGACCAUCGGCGGAGGUUCCUCAUUCCCGGGUAUCCCCACCAUCGCCUCACCUCCGAGCUCCCCUCGUUUAAAGGACAAAGUCUGCAUCAUCACCGGCUGCAACAGUGCCCUAGGCAUUGGUAGAGCUUCAGCCUAUGAAUUCGCCAGCGCAGGAGCAAAGGCCUUGAUCCUCUCCGACUUUGACAUUUCCAACCUGGACAAUUGGAAACAGGAUAUUGAGAAGUUAUAUCCAGGCACGCAGGUCGUGGUCAAAAAGGUGGAUGCUGGGAAUGAGGAGGAUGUCAAGGCUGUGGUAAAGUUGGCCGUGGACAAGUGGGGCAGACUGGAUGUUUUCUUUGCGAAUGCUGGUAUAGGAGGUACCAUGGAGAGGGUAUAUGAGGUUGGGAAGAAGGAAGGCAAAUCAGAGGAGGAGUUCAUGAGAACGAUGAAAGUGAACGCAUUAAGUGUCUUCCUAGCAACAAAGCACGCUGCCAAUGCUAUGAUGCAGAACAAACCCAGUCCCAGUGGUUCAAUCAUCAACACAGCAUCAGUAGCUGGUUUACGCUCCAACGCUGGCCCAACAGACUACUCUGCCUCAAAAGCUGCUGUCAUCAGCAUAACUCAAACAUCAGCUUACCAACUCGCUGGCACAAGCAUCCGUUGCAACGCCAUCUGUCCAGGUAUCAUCGAGACCGGCAUGACGGCAGAAAUGUACAAGGCUGCAAGAGCGAGAGGCAGUGUAGGCAAAAUUGGACAGUUGAAUCCACUGAUGAGGGGUGCAGUUGCCGAUGAGGUCGCAAGAGUUGCCUUGUUCUUAGCCACGAACGAGAGCAGUUAUGUCAAUGGACAAGCAUGGGCUGUCGACGGAGGCUUGAGUGCCGGCCUACCUUUCGUACCAGGAAAGCUAGCAUAA